AUGGCAGAGAAUCCAGAAGGCGGUGUAGCCCAGGAAACUGGAGGAUAUGAUUACAAACGGCUUCACAGUUAUCCCCUUAUUCGCGUAAGUUGAAAUUAAGUUUAGGGAGGAGGAUGCAAGGCUGCCCCUGUUAUAAUUAAAUUCAGUGCGAAGGCCUUCCACCUCCGUCAAAUACGGUAUGUUUUUUUUUCAGUAUUCGGACAUGAACGAUGAAAUGCGAACUGAAGCAAUGGAGCUCUGUGUUACAGCUUGUGAAAAGUUUUCUGCGAAUAACGAGGUUUGUUGGGCGUAUUUCUUAAGUGGGUUAACCAGAGCAGCUUUUAGUGAAAGGCCACGUAUGUUUUAGUGGAAGGGAGAAUGUCUGUUCACACCUAUCCCUCCAACCCCUUCAAUCCUAGCCGCCCUUCAUCCCUGUUGUUGACUUACCUUAAAGGGGCUGGAUGGAUCAAAUAAUUCACUAAGUGACUUGUGAUCUAACGUCAAAUUCUUCCUGAAUCAUGGCUGUGAAAAGCAUACACAAGUCUUUUAUUGAAAGAAAGAAUCCUAAUAAUCUAAUAGAAGAACACAGUUUAUCAGAAGUCAAUUAGGGCUUUAUUCCAAAGUGAGGGGAAACCUGGAAUUAUUUAACGCCUGCCUUAAAUCAUUUAAAACCAGCAGUAGGUGAAUUAGUGCCGUUAAUAUCAAGUGACUUAAUCAUAAGACAAUGAUUAAUAGAACAAAGAUAUCAUCAUUAGUUGUCAAUGUUACUAUCUCUCAAUUUUGGUUUGGUUUGAAUCCGUCAGCCCACCUCCGCUGCAGUGUAAGGAUAAAGCAAUAAAAAGAAAGGGGAAUGAAUAAUUUUAUUAUUGUCAUCAUCAUCAUCAUCAUUAUUCAAAUGUGCACUCUGUUAUGUUUUCAGGCUGCUGCAAAAAUGAUAAAAGAAAGCAUGGACAAAAAGUUUGGUUCAUCCUGGCAUGCAGUAGUGGGAGAAGGUUAUGGCUUUGAGCUCACACAUGAAGUCAAAAAUCUUCUU